AUGGGAUUGGGAGGAGGCCCCGAGGAUGUGAAAGAAAUUAAGAUCCACCCAUUCUUUACUUCCAUUAAUUGGAAAGAUCUAGCAGAGAGAAAGGUGACGCCUCCCUUCAAGCCGCAGGUGACCUCGGAGACGGACACGCGUUACUUCGACGCUGAGUUCACCGGCGACUCGGUCGACCUGACGCCGCCGCGUCACACCGGCGGACCGCUGAACGCCAUUGUCGAGGAGAGCACCGACGCCCCCUACUUCCAGCAGUUCUCUUACCACGGCGACCGCGGCACGCUCGGAAUGUGAGCGUCGCCCCGGCAACG